AUAUGCUGGUAUUUAGCAUACAGUAUAUUUCUGUAAUGGGACUUAUCUUACAACCAAGGUAAUAGCCACUCUCACAUAAUUUAAUCUUGCGAGCCAACCAUACAAGCGAGGCUCGUAGAUAAAUCACUGGACCUUUAUACUCUCAGCGUAUCUAUCUCAUCUGCUCAGGAAAAUUUGAUAUCUUAAAGUUAAUACCUAUUUCCCACCUGUGGAAGCAACCGGGAAAAAUUCCAUCGAUGGAGUACAUGUGUACUUGCGACUUUAGCGGGAUAUCACCCCUGCCAGCCCUAGCCUUGAUUAGGUACCUACCAUUCUUCUAAAUACCCGGGUACCUAAACUUAGGCAAGUUUUCUACGUGAGUUGCCAUCUGGAGCUCAUCAUUGCCCGAACUCUUUACUCGAGCGUCCGACCUUCCUUUGAGCAAGUCCUAUAAAUGGAACUUGUUGAAGCCAUUUGCUCAGGAAAACGAUACCGUCUUUGCUGCAUGUCCCUGUUGGCUAAACUGAGACAUCCAGUGUGAGUGAAGUUCUUCAUGCAACUGAGAACUUCACUGACAAUAUGGUAUAAAUGCAUAAACUUCGUAUACAUGCAUUGCCCCAAAAGACGAAGAUAUAGGCAGAGGUCAUGGACAUAGACUCAGACGAGGAGAUCAUCAGAUCGUCUAGACGAGAAAGUCCGCUCGUGAAUAAGAAGCGACAGGCGGAAACCUUGAUUGCGCGCGGGGCUCUGCCAUCGCUCAAGCGCAGAAAAGGUGACUUUAACGCUGCCUACCUCAGCCUGCUCAACCAAGACAUCCAAGAUGCGGCGUCGGGGCUCAUCAAGAAUGAAGAAGAACACUACGACUCCGAUUCCGAGUCAGCUCCAACACAGAUCGGGGCGGUAGUGUGGAGUGGCGCGGAGAAGAACGCCUUCUUCGCAGCCGUGAGCCGGCUUGGGAGGGACGACGUGGCGCGCAUAGCCGUACGAAUCGGGACCAAGAGCGAACUCGAGGUGCAACAGUACCUGGUCUUUCUCGAUGCAGCUAAGCGGCCUCCGCGUGGCAGUGAGGGGAAGGCAGGAGCUCCUCCUCAGCCCGCCUCUCUGCAACCCGUUGGUAUCCCUGCCGCGGUGGAGAUCGGCGCCGAGUGCGCCGCCUCGCUGGAGGCUGUUGCCGAUGCACUGGCCCUGCGCCAGGAGGCACACGAAGAGGAAGUCGAGAGGGAGCGCUGGGGCGCGCGGUGGCUGAUCACUAGCCCGCUCGCGACGAUUCUAGAAAUGACGCUUCGCAGGCAUAAUGAGCGGCAGGGACGGGAUGAACAAGUGCAAGACUCUGAAAUAACAAUGGCAAAUCGAAGGGAAUGGGACGACCAACCACGCCUAAAGAAACAAUUACGCAUAAAGAGAGAACAAGAAGGAGAGGAUGAUGUGGAGGAGGGGGAGUGGGACAGAAGCUUGGAGGAAAUGCCGUUUCUCCAGCUUUUCCAUGUUGAGAAUUGGCUUCAGCUGUCAGACCGGUUGUUCAUGAACUCGACUAUUGCUGACGGCAAUUGGCGCGCCGUGGCCGAGGAAGACAAGCUACCCGCGAUUCAAGCCACGGCGCUCGCAGACUUCCACGCGCUGGCGCUGAGUGUCACCAGACGCUUGAUAUUUGCGGCCGCGUAUGUAGCGGAGUCCCGUACCCGGACGAGGAGCCUUGACGAUGCUCGAAGGAACCUGCGCCCGCGGAUCCGAGAUGAGGAUGUGAGAGCGGCGGUGUCAUCUCUGGGCAUGCGACACAACGCUAAGGAGUUCUGGGCACGUUGCGCGAGGAGACUGCAGUUGAACGUUGUGGAUGAUGGAAUCGAAGAAGAUGAUGACGACCACGACGAAGAUAGGGAAGGCCAGGACAACGAUGACGGCGAAGAAGACCUGGACAUAGACGAGCAGAUGAGCACUGCUGAUGCCAGCGAUAUAAAUACAGACGAUGCUGGACAAGAGGAGGAAGGAAGCGAAGAAGAUGAAGACUACGAUAUCAUGAGCUACGACGCAGUCGAAGCUGCGCUCGGCUUCCAGACAGUUGGCAUCGACAGUGGUAUAAACAGCUGUCCCGGAAGCCAUGAAACUGAUGAUGUUUUCCCUUCCCCGAGAGACCCAUCCAGCUCUUCCUCCUACGAGUCCGACCCUCGUGAAGAUGAAGAUGAAGAUGACGAGGACUACAUACAGGAAGUAAAAGAACAAGCAGACGACGACGGGCUAAAUUUAGAGUCUAUCGACAGAGACGUAGAAGAAGCCAUGGCAUCCACCGGGUCCCAGCACUAUCCCGAUAGCAUAGCAGCCAUGAGAUCUCGCAUCCGCGCCGAGCACAGACUAGAACGAGACGCCGAGUAUCUGGACAUCAAGACUAGCGUAGACGCCGAGGCACUACUAUGGGCUAUACUUCGUGGUGAAACUGACAUGAGAAAGAAGUAAGAGACGAGGUCUUAAGUUCUGCGUAUGACAGCAUGAAAGCUGUGAAGAUGAAGGCACGAAGAGGAUGAACUAUAUAUCUGUAUAGUGACAGGCUCGAAGGGAUCGCACUAGGGAAACAACAGUAGUAGUUCAUCUGUAGGCACUGUGGAUUGAGUCCAUGAAAGUCUGCAAUACGUAAUUUCGUUGUGAUAAACUUCAGACAUUGUUAAGUUAUGUCCUGUUGGUAGCUAUCACUUUUAUUCGCUAAAUCUUCGUCGCUUC